AGAUGGCUUAAGGACGAAGUCAAGAUGCCCCCCCUCCCCACUUACGUCACGAAGCCGCGGCUAUAAAGUGAGGAGCCGGAGCCGGAGCCCGCGAGAGGCGGGCGCCGAGGCCGGACCGGAGCGCAGGCAUCGCGAAGCGGGCCGGGCCGGGGCUGAGCCGGGAUGUUUUACUCAGGGCUUCUGACCGAGGGGGGCCGCAAGGAGGCCGACAUGCGGGAGGCGGCGUCCCUGCGGCAGCAGCGCCGGAUGAAGCAGGCUGUGCAGUUCAUCCACAAGGACUCGGCCGACCUGCUGCCCCUGGAUGGCCUCAAGAAGCUGGGCUCCUCCAAGGACACGCAACCCCACAACAUACUGCAGAGGCGCCUCAUGGAGACCAACCUCUCCAAGCUCCGCAACAGCCGGGUUCCUUGGGCCCCCAAGACCAACAGACUUAGUCAGACCAAAUCUGAAGCACUGAAGAAGACUGAGGAAGGGGACAUGAUCCUGGUGUCCUGCCAGUGUGCUGGAAAGGACUUGAAAGCCUUGGUUGACACUGGCUGUCAACAUAAUCUUAUCUCUUCUGCCUGUGUGGACAGACUAGGGCUAAAGGACCAUGUCAAGUCCCACAAACAUGAUGGGGAAAAGCUCUCCCUGCCCCGGCAUCUCAAAGUGGUGGGCCAGAUUGAGCACCUUGCCCUUACAUUGGGAUCCCUGCGCCUGGACUGCCCAGCAGCUGUGAUUGAGGACAAUGAGAAAAAUCUCACCCUUGGACUCCAGACGCUGCGGUCCUUGAAGUGCAUCAUCAAUCUGGACAAGCAACGCCUCAUCAUGGGGAAGGCAGAGAAGGAAGAGAUCCCCUUUGUGGAGACUGUGUCUGGGAGUGAUGACAACACGUCAGAGGCGUAACUAAAGAGUGAGAUGUGUGCAUGAGUGAACACACACUCUCACACACCCCUACACAUACAAGCCACAUACACCCCCAAGCUAACAGCUUAGGAAAGCUGUCAGGCUUGGCCCAGAUGCAAAACAGGUCCCUCUGCCUGGACCACAUCCUUCCCUCUGUGGGAGGCUCCAUCAAUUCCUCCCCUCUGGGCCUCUCUCCACUGUAGCCUGUGCUUAGAGAUCCUGUCUGGUUUUACCUAUGGUUUUUAUACGUCUGAUCCUGUAUUUAAUGGACCUUUGACACUGCCCUGACCUAGUUGCUGGAGUGUGUUCCCUGUAGCUCACUCUUUCCUAGGAAUUUGCUUUCUUUAGCCAUAUAUAGGAGCUGCCAGGAGCUGGCCCUUAUUAGGGUCACUUCCUUGUUUUCCAACGAACAGACAUGUAAUCAGCAGGAAACGGGUACUGAUUCACUGGCUCACUCACAGAAAGCCAUAUCAGAGGUUCAUUGAGUUUUUAUUCACUCAACACAUAGGAUUUAGAUCCGUAAAGGGCCUUAGACAUCAUCUCCUCCAUCCCACUUCUUCUACAGAGAAGAAAAAUAAAACUGAGCAACCUGCUUGUGGUCACAUAGCAAUGAAGUAAAAGUGACCUAGGUCUCCUGUCUCCCAGUCUGACCUAAUUUCCACUUUAACAUUCUAUCUCUUCUGCCAAAAGAGCUGCGAGAUGAGAGCGAUAGGGCUGGUGAGACAACCAGAGAAAUUAAAAAAAGGAGAAAGCACGGGAGCGAUGGCACAGGAUGGGGGAUGCCUUCCAUGAGGAGUUGGAUCUAGAAUGCCAUUACUCCUUUUGGGUAAAGAAUGGAGGAUUCUGGUUAAAAUGAUAACAGGUUUUCUGAGUACUGUUAUCAAGUAUUAAUCUAGUAAUCACUUUUUAGGAGAUGGACUUAGCCAGCUAGCUAGGGCUUAGGGAAAUAACAGGACAUGGAAGGGGAAGGGAUAGGGAAAGUGAAGGCAAGAGGGUAGCUUAAGACUUGGGCAUGUGGAUGGACUCAUGCUGGUUGCUUGGUUGGGGAAGUGCAGGAGUAGUCCAGGUGGGGAGGGGAGGACACAAGAGAGUAAUCAAAGGUAUACUGGAUUAGGAGCCCAGGACUACGUGCAUCACUAGCUUGGACGAUCAUGGACAAGUCACUUCCACUGUUUCUUCACCUGUAAAAUAAGGAAGCUGGACUAGACGAACCCCUUCCAGCUGUGACAUUCUGGAGGGAGCUGGUGAGAUGGGAAAAGUUUGCUGGGGAAGCUUUUCAUGUAGAGUAUCAGAGCAGCUGUUUACACUAUAGUUCUGUCAUGUUGUUAACCUGUGAAAGGUCAGUCAGUGCUUUAAUAGAGAUAAAUAGACUUUUAUUCAUUCAGUGCCAGUGUUCCCCCCCCCCCCCCCCCCCCUCUUGUAGCAGGUGGUAUUCCAAAAGAGGAAGAGAAUUCAUCCUGUCCAUCUACCCCAUUCUUUCUCAAUAGAAUUCACAGUGUGAGUCUCUAAGAUACCUCUGGACACUCCCAGUUUGGGGCACGUGGGCACAAUCCUGCGGCCACACUGUCACUGUCUUGUUUCACAGGUUUAUUCACAAGAUACCUCCCUCCCAGACUCUUCCCAGGCAGCCAAAGGGAAGGCACGGACAAGGUCCAAACAAACAUCACAGGCAACAACAGUGAGCUCUCUGGGUUCCGAAGCCCCUGGUAAAAUUUUCCACUUUGACUAUUCUCCUCCUGUCCCACCCUAACCUAUUCCUUAGCAAGGGUGGAGCCUCUCUCUACUUCAGCUUAGGUUCUCUUCAAGUUUUCUGCCUCUUUCUGUACCCCCUCAAUUUCCUUCUCUGCCCUGCCCUUUCUUUCCUCUCAAAAAUGGAUUAAUCCCUGCUCACUAGGGCACAAAUCAUGCCUGGAAUAAGCUGAAUAUCCUUCCAUUCUUUAUUAUAUUGCUGACCACCGCCAUUAGUCUCUCAAAGGCCCCUCACCAUGAAGUAUUAGCCUGUUUUCCCCAUGUCAGAAGCACUGGGGACCAAGAAAAGCUAAGGAAGUUUCUUUUCUGAUGACUAUCCAACGAUCAGGGAAGACACAUGUUCCUUAACUUCUUAGAAUGGAUUAGAUGACCUUUAGAAAGUCUUGUGGUGGGUCAGGUAGGUGGUGCAGUGGUUAGAGCACCAGCCCUGAAGUCAGAAGAACCUGAGUUCAAAUCUGGUCUCAGACACUUCCUAGCUGUAUGACCCUGAGCAAGUCACUUAACCCCCAUUGCCUCAGCAAAAAAAAAAAGAAAAAAAAGUCAGUCUUGUGGUACCUAGAAAUCUCCAGAUUUAGAAGAGAAAAUGAUUGGAUGGUUUAAACUGUGACAUCACUGCCUCACCCAAUGUGCUUUCUGGUCAGACCUAAAUUGAACUCCCAAACCAAAUGAUCAUCAAGACUUCACUUAGCAAGCUACGCUUGGCAAAGGCAUCUUGGGAAUGUUUGAAGCCCCUUUUGUGGGGAGGGGGAUUUUAGGGUCUCUUUAACUUUCUUUCAGUGUCUCCAUAUUUGUUCAUGGAGAAUCUCCCCUGUAGUGGCGUGUACUCCGAAGGGUGGGACCACAAGUGGGGUUGAGCCAGCCCUUCCCUGGGCAGCAGAUUCCCGCCCGGCGAGAACCAUGGCAGACUUCAUCUUCCAUAACUGGAACCCAUGUUCGGCAGGAGUUUAGUUUCUGACAGGAAGCUUGAUAAAGAUGUUUUUAGAACUUAGUAUUUCUAUGCCUAAUGCAUUUGGAGAAUGGGUAUUUUCUGAUGUUUUCUAUUUCUCUGCUUUUAACUAGUCCUUCCCAUAGACACUUCCAGUCACUUAGUCCAAGUCUCCCCAGCCUGGAGCUCUUGGUUACAGCCUCCCCUCCUGUAGGUGAAAUAUCUUUCUAGGCUCCGAGAGUCGGGGGUCCUUCCCAGCCUCCACCUUUGAGUCUCUCUGUGGCACCUUCUUCUUGCACUGUGUCCGGCUGUGUCUGGUUUGUCUGUGAGACUGUUGUACUAAUAAAGUGAAACCUCAUCUCAA